AUGCAGGCUCCCGAGGACCUCCCGGUGUUAAAAGCCGAUGACGUUGAUUCUCGAUCCCUGAUCUCCAUGCAGGAGUUGGAUCCUUCUCCGGUUCAUGAAGAAGGCUGUGAUCUCGAGAGCGGCGACUACUUUUCUAGAGGUCAGGAUGUGCCGCCAACCCAGGGCGGGUUAUCCAACAUCAACCUGGGCCUCCGCGGCCACAACUGGGAUUCUUGGUUAUCCGCGCUACAGAAAUACUCGACGUAUCCCCCAACAUUGUUCUUUGCAUUGCACUUUGCGAACACCUCGCUCAUUCCGUUGAUCACACGCUCCGUGCCUGAUAGCGAGAACUAUUUACUUCUUACAAGACCUUUGUAUCAGUCUCCAUCCCUCGAACAUGCCGUCCUUACCCUUCCUAUCCUGGCCCAUGUCGCUUCUGGAAUUGUCCUGCGAAACAUCCGCUCCUCUCGCCGGGCACGCCUCUACGGGGUGGAGACCAGGUCCCAGAGGUAUACGCUCGCAUUCUGGCCCCGAAUGAGCUUACAAGCGCGAUUGGGGUAUCUCCUUAUCCCACUGCUGGGUGCUCACGUCUUGGUCAACCGCGUCGUGCCGUUGGUGGUUGAUGGUGGAAGUUCCGGAGUCGGGUUAGGGUAUGUUGCUCAUGGGUUUGCACGAAGCCCGGGUUUUUGGAACAUUUACUAUCUGGUCUUUGUCACUGCUGGAGUGUGGCAUUUCGUUGGAGGAUGGGCCAAUUGGAUGGGAUGGAGAGUCACCACAGCUCGGAAGGAACGAGGACACAAGAAGGGCUCCCUUGAGGGGUAUCUGGGCCACAGAGAUAGCGAGCAACGGGCGAAAAGACAGAGGAAGAUAUGGUGGGUUGUCAACGGAAUUGCCGCACGCCUGGCAAUUAUCUGGCUAUCUCCUGGAAGUCGGAGACCCGGUUUUCUUGUCCAUCCUCUACCCACGAACGCAUACACAGUGCCCCACCGUCGCUUGGACACACUUUUGUCGCGAUAUCAUAUUUCAACCAUGGCAGAGAAACCAAUCCAGGCCGAUGUUCCCGAUUGUCUGGUGCAACAUGACGGCAAGGAGUACAAGGCUGUGAGAGAAGGGCGGGCUUCUAUCCUGAACCCACCUGCCCAGGCCGCGGCUUCCAAAGGUACAAAGAAGGACCUCAGACCUGAAGAUGAAUCACAAUCUGUCUUCUACAACCCCAUCCAGCAGUUCAACCGAGAUCUCAGUGUAUUGGCAAUCAAGGCGUAUGGAGAGCAUUUGCUUGCGCUCAAGAAGCUGAAGGCCGAGAAGAAGCGAAGUGGCGUGGGCAGGGGAAAGAAGCGGAAGAGAGAUGAUGAGGCUGGCACAGAACAACCAGCAACUUCAGAGGAACUUCCUGGCGCAAACGGGAACUCUACAGCUUCUGCACCACACCCAGAGCAGAGUGUCAUUCCCUUCACAAUUUUGGACGCUCUCUCCGCUACAGGUUUGCGGGCCCUGCGAUAUGCGUCAGAGAUACCCUUCGUUACUUGUGUGGUCGCAAAUGACCUCUCGAGCUCUGCCAUUCAGUCGAUGAAGACGAACAUCGAGUACAACGACCUUGGAAAACUCAUUCGACCGAAUCUAGGAGAUGCACGUGCUUACAUGUACAGCAUUCUCAACCAGACGAGUACGCCCGGCAGUGGAACGCACACCAGCAAGUUUGAUGUCAUUGAUCUGGACCCCUAUGGCACCGCUGCGUCGUUCAUGGAUGCCGCUGUCCAGGCUGUCAAGGAUGGGGGGUUGCUGUGUGUCACCUGCACAGAUGCGGGCGUUUGGGCGUCGAAUGGCUAUCCGGAGAAAGCGUAUGCUCUUUACGGGGGUGUUCCUAUCAAGGGAUCGCAUUCUCACGAGGGCGGGCUGCGCCUUAUUCUCCACGCGCUGGCCACCUCCGCUGCGAAAUAUGGGCUUGCAAUUGAACCCCUGCUUUCGUUAUCGAUUGAUUUCUAUGCUCGCGUUUUUGUUCGAGUUCACCGAUCCCCCGCUGAGGUCAAGUUCACCUCAGGCAACACGAUGGUAGUUUACAACUGCGAUUCUGGUUGCGGGGCGUGGUCAACGCAACCCUUGACCCAAACCAAGCAAAGACUGGAUAAGAAGGGAAAUCCUUUCUACCACUACGGGUUCGCUCAAGGGCCUAUUGCGAACGCACAUUGCGAGCACUGCGGCUUCAAGACCCAUGUGGGAGGACCCAUGUGGGCCGGGCCGCUUCAUAAUCCUCAUUUCAUUCAAAAAAUCCUCGACAUGCUUCCCAGCGCAGAUAGAGAGAUUUAUCAAACGGUGGAUCGGAUUGAAGGUAUGCUCACUACAGCGCUUGAAGAGGAUCUGUUUUUGGACUCUCGUCCAGGCGCUGCCGUAGAGGGCACAAGCGAUGAUGAUGAUGGGAAGGCCUCCGGAGAUGCGACAUCGCCCGCAUAUUCGGCCAUUAUUCCCCGAUCGGACCCGGCCGCUCGCGACCCGUUCCCAUUCUAUUUUACCCUCAGCUCAUUGGCAAAGGUCCUACACACAUCCACCAUAUCCGUUGAUGCAUUCCGCGGAGCUCUCCGACACCUGGGCUAUCGGUCAACGCGCAGUCAUACGAAGCCCAAUACUAUCCGCACGGAUGCUCCCUGGGAGGUAAUUUGGGAGGUUAUGAGGGAAUGGGCGAGGCAGAAAGCCCCUAUCAAAGAAGGCGCACUCCGCCCGGGCACUCCUGGAGCGGCGAUUAUGGCAAAGAGCCGAGAAAAUCUUCACGGACACAAGGGAGACGAUCGCUUAGAUAUUUUGAAGAGAGAAAUUGCGUCUGCUACGGAAAAUAGCCAGGAUGUUGCCGACUUAGUGACAAAGAUCGAAGCUGCGCUGUAUCGGGCCAAGUGCAGACAGACAGCAGAGUCGGGCCCAUCCGUAUCUGAUCCCCUGAGCACGGAGCCACGUGAGCCACAUGCGCCUGCCAAAGAGAAAGGUCAAGGUGAAGCCCCUCAGACUUCACGAGUUAUUCCAGCGGCCAAGCAGGAUCUCAGCACAUUGGAGGUUGUCUUCGAUGAGGCGCUGGGCAGAGAAGCAUCCCUUGCUCAGACCAAGAAGCGGCUUGUCCGAUAUCAGAUCAACCCGCGGGCCAAUUGGGGCCCUCUCAAUCGAGCCUCCGGGUGA